GCUGCAGACGCUAAAUGCUUGUCUCUUGUAUGCGAGCGCUGGCUGAAAAUUUUCGCGCAUCUUUUAAAAAGAUAAAUAAUUCCAUUGUGACGCUAUUUUAAAUAAAGAACGCUUAAUUAUCUGUGGCAUUUUGGAAUAAGAAGUUUUGGUGGCACCGUCUUCUUAUUCCUUCUUAUUCAUAAAAGUUGAAAACUUUUUGUGUGAAUAAAAGUUACGAGUGUUUUGUUAUUUAUAGUCUUGUUGAUUGUUGUUCCAUAGAUAAAUAAACUUCGGAGAUGAAAUAUUGACCGGCAAAAUGCUUCAAGACAGAAUAACUUAACAUCAUUUGAACGUGAUAUACGAUGACAAAAUUUAUCUAUCCGGCGUUGCAGCGAUGUCAUAAAUUUUCCUGCUAUGACUAAUAUCACCUCCGAACAGCUUGAAGAUUUCAAAUGCAGACUCAUCACGGGCCCCAGCUGUUCGGAUGAAAUAAUAUCUGGACUCGAAUGUACAGGAAACGCUUCCUCCCUCUACAACUGUGAGUUAAACUUGGACAUUCAAAAUGAAACUUCAUACACGUGCAUUAAGUGCUUCAAUAACAGCAUGGGAAAUAGCAGCGACUAUACUCCGUGCGAUUUUAGAUUCAAGUUAAACCUCAUGACUGCGGUUUUCGAGAGUGCAUUGAAAAACAUGUGGUUACGGAUACCGGAUUGGAGCGCGUGUAAUCAGAACAGUCUGGUUUGUUUUCCAAAUUCGAUUCGGACGUUGUACAUUGACGUGUCUGAUGAUAGUGUUAACAAUAGUGCGUUAGAAAGUUAUCAGUGUACGUGGGACUAUGGAAAUGCUACGGAUGUAGCGAUCGGUACUCCGAAAUACGAAUGGACGUUUUUGUUUGUGAUAUUAUUUAUAGUAGCGGGUGGCGUGGGCAAUAUUUUAGUGUGUUUGGCUGUGUGUCUCGAUAAAAGGUUGCAGAAUGUGACGAACUAUUUUCUGCUGUCGUUGGCGAUAGCUGAUCUGCUAGUCAGUUUAUUUGUUAUGCCAAUGGGUGCAAUUCCUGGGUUUUUAGGAUACUGGCCGCUGGGCGUGGUGUGGUGUAACGUGUACGUGACGUGUGACGUGCUGGCCUGUUCCGCUAGCAUCAUGCACAUGUGCUUUAUCAGUAUCGGCAGGUAUUUAGGCAUCAGAAAUCCUCUCAAGAGUCGGCAUCACUCGACCAAACGCGUGGUGGUGAUAAAGAUAGCCUUGGUGUGGUUGCUCAGCAUGUUCGUGUCGAGUUCUAUCACCGUUUUAGGUCUAAUCAACAAGCAGAACAUAAUGCCAACCCCAGAGCUAUGCGUGAUAAACAAUAGAUUGUUCUGGAUAUUCGGUUCAUUGGUGGCGUUCUAUAUCCCAAUGUUGACUAUGGUGGCAUCUUUUGCGUUGACUGUUCAGCUGCUGAAGAGACAGGCGAGGCUUGCUGCUACUCCAGUUCCUGGUGGGACGCAAAGAAGACAAUGUGGAGCGUUCGACAACGGGCCCACAGAGCGGCAAGUCCGUCGCACCAACGCGAGGAGCUCCCCCGACUUGUCUCCCGCUGUCUCCAGGCAUAUGACGUGGCGGGUUACAACUGUUUCCAGGUCACAAAGAAACAAGAUAGGUAUGAGUGUAUCCCACCCACAACUGAGUUACAUGAACGGUUGUGGUAACGGCGCGGGUGGUUCUCGCAAGGGCCGUGACGUAGCAACGCAAACUCCAGCGAGUAUAGCCGCUGAAACAAGACGCGCUAAGAAACCCUUGAAGAUUGCUCUACCAGCACCUAAUGCAUUGACUUUGAGGUUCCUAACAAACCGCAAAAAAGGAAGAUCCCUCUCAGCGAACGCAGUUGCAAAUGAACAGAAGGCAACCAAGGUGCUCGGGCUUGUCUUCUUUACGUUUGUACUGUGCUGGGCGCCGUUCUUCUUGUUAAACAUUUUGUUCGCGGCUUGCCCAGCUUGUAUUGUACCAGAACACGUAGUGGACAUUUGCCUAUGGCUGGGCUAUGUGUCGUCUACGAUAAACCCCAUCAUAUACACUGUGUUCAACAGAACUUUCAGGGCGGCAUUUUUACGGCUACUCAAAUGCCAUUGCAGCAGACGUGGGCGUUGCACCCGCUACAGGUCGGCGGGCUCCACCCGCGGCGCGUCGCAGCUGUGCGCUCGCUCCGCGCUCCCGCUCGCGAUAUCCCUCCGCCCCUCCGCUAUGCCCACCGCCCCUGCGCAAGAGACGGAGACUGUCAUGAUUGACCCACCGUUAGGGGACUAUAGUGUUAGAUAUUAAUCGUUUAGUGGUCAUAGGCAGUUUCACAACUUUUGUCAAUAAACUUCUGUUAGCAAGGCGCCAGUAAUAGCUGACGCAAACGCUACGUUAUAUGUGUAUAGGUACGCCUGCGCAGGUAGACCUAGAACGUGUGAUAAACCUGUGCAGUUUUUAAGCCUACUUAUGUUCGGUUGACGUGUGCAGGCUGCAGACGUAACUAAAUAGCCCUAAUAACAACCUAAUAAUAGUACGGUAGACCUCUCCGGUAAACUGUAUCGUGUUUGGCUUUAUAUUACACGUGAAGUAUUUACCCUCUCCAGUAAAUAAUAGUGUAUCGUGGUAGUAAACCUGUAGCUCGCGAACUAUGAAUUUUAUCCAAUCCUUCGAAAAAAUCAGUCCCGUAAUAUAACUAUUAAUUGAACUGACGAAUAACGAUAGAUAUGACAGAUAUACUUUACGUGUAACAGACGCCUUAAAAAACAAAUAUUGUGUAAAAUGUUAAUUAAAUUAUGCAAGGUGGCAGUUAUUCAGCAAGUUGUGAAGCUGUCUCUCAGUAUCAUAAUUUUUUUGUUCGUUUGAUGGUUUUAGUGAAUUGUAAAAAAAAGAAUUUUAAAUUAGAUUGAAUGUAUUGUAAUUUCUUUGUGAAAAUUUUGUAAUUUUGGUUCUAAAUUUGUAAAAUGUGAAAAUAAAAUUUUAUGAACAAUGAAUAUGUUUGAAAAAUUAGAUCGUCUAAAAUGUAAAUGUUUUACAAGGUCUUUGAUGUGUACGGUGUAAUAACUAAUAUGUAGUUUAGAAAAUAAAUUUUGCAUGAUAUAGACUCUAGUUUUCUUCCUUCUACAGCCAUUUUUCUGUAUUCAUUUCUUUAAAAGACGAAUGUAAUAAUUUAGUAUGGCCUUAAAAGCCAUCC